AAAAAAAAAUUGAAAAACGCGCGAAGGUACUUCCACUAAAUCUCGAUUAUGGGCGAUAUGUUUGGGCAGCAUUACGGAAAAGUAACUGGGUUUGUGAAGCAAGGGCCACCGAUCGGAUGAGAUUCAUCGAUCAGAAAUGAAUAAUACUCACGCGGCAACGAGCUCGGCAAGUAGAAUGCAGCAUGGAGAUUCUGAUUCUGAUUCGUCCACUCCGCCCAAGAAAUCGAAGAUACCAAAAUAUUCUAGAUUUACACAGCAAGAGCUUCCUGCUUGCAAACCAAUUCUAACACCAGGAUGGGUUAUAACAUCCUUCGUUGCUGUUGGCAUUAUCUUUAUCCCGAUAGGCAUUGCUUCGUUAUUUGCAUCAGAACAAGUUGUUGAAAUUGUGGACCAAUACGAUCAUGAUUGCCUUCCUUCUGAGUAUCGCGGUGAUCCUCUUACGUUUAUUAAAGACAGUACAACUAAUAAAACCUGUAGCAGGAGGUUGAUUGUUCCUAAACCAAUGAAAGGUCCGGUCUACAUCUAUUACCAGCUUGAUAACUUUUAUCAGAAUCACCGACGUUAUGUAAAAAGCAGAAGUGAUAAGCAAUUACGAAGCAGGGCAGCUGAAGCAGAUACAAAAACAUGUGCACCAGAAGCAACCAUUGGGAAAGGGGCUCCAAUCGUCCCUUGUGGCCUCAUCGCAUGGAGUUUGUUCAAUGAUACGUAUGGUUUUUCUAUGAAGAAUAAGGCACUACAUAUCAGCAAGGACAUAGCCUGGAAAAGCGACCGAGAAAAGAAAUUUGGAUCUGAUGUCUAUCCUAAAAACUUCCAGAGUGGGACUUUGAUUGGUGGUGCAAAACUAAAUGAGAGCAUACCUCUGAGCCAGCAAGAGGAUCUUAUUGUUUGGAUGCGAACUGCUGCACUGCCCACCUUCAGGAAACUAUAUGGGAAGAUAGAAGCAGACUUUGAAGCUAAUGAUAUAAUAACAGUGGUGAUAGAAAACAACUAUAAUACGUAUAGCUUCGGUGGUAAAAAGAAGCUGGUUCUUUCAACCUCAAGUUGGAUCGGUGGGAAGAACGAUUUUCUAGGCAUAGCUUAUCUUAGUGUUGGAGGACUGUGCUUGUUUUUAGCGAUAUCCUUCAUACUCCUUUACGUCAUCAAGCCAAGGCCUCUCGGUGAUCCAUCCUAUUUGUCGUGGAACAGAAAUGCAGCAGGGCAGGUAAACUAACCAUGUCUGCACCAAAUUCUCUUGUAAAUGCUCUCUGCUUUGCUGCGGUUCUUGUUCAAUGCUUAAAGUCAUAGAACGAAGGAGGGGAGGGGGUGGAAGGGUUUCGAAAACUGCCGGUAAAAUACUGCUUUACUUUUCUGGUAGCUUGGACUUUGGUUUAUGUUCUUGGACCAUGUCUUGUUUACAAAAAUUCCCAGAUGAAAUGAAUGUUUGUAUAAAGCUUCAAUGUGAAGAUGGGAAACUAAAGUUUAUGAUCCUUUAUAUACAUUUCAAUAUCACUUCCAACCUA